GCCAUCACCCCUCCCUCCUGACAAAAUACUCAACAAAUAAACCACAAUAUAUUCCUACAAUAAUCUAGCUCGCUGGCGUCACUCCGAAAGCUAUUUGUUCGGAAUAUGUCAAAAGCGUCGCUAGACAGCAGCGCUGAGACGAGUAGUGCCGCUACCACGGACGCUGGUGCUGGAACAAAGUCUACGAACGGUUCACUCGCGGCUUUCUCGCUAGCAAAUAUCUUGAGUGGCGGCAAUGAGAAUCUGGAGCACCCGGAUGUGAACCCAGACAUUCCGGCUGAAGGGUGGGAUGAGGAACAGGUAGAGAAGGAAACGGUGGCGGGGUAUUGCGUUGAGUGUGAAGACCAGCCUGCCCAGGUCCAUUGCGAGUCCUGCGAGGACGAUUAUUGUGAGGUGUGCUUUGCCGCUCAGCACAGGAAAGGCACGCGGAAACGGCACGCGUCAAAAGCUCUUGAUGGCCAGCUCGGUAAGAAGACUAGAAUCGCGCAGAAUGGGAGCACGGUAUCGAACGGUGCUGAAGACAAGAUGGACGUUGAAGAAGAAGAAGCUGACGACGAAGACUUCGUCCCAGACCCAACUCCCGACGCCUCUCUUUCCAUUGCCCUCUCCUCCCAGCCCGUCCUUGGCUCCAAUCCCGGCGAAUGGUUCGUCGAGCGCUGCAAAUAUAUCCCAGUACGCCUUACCCUUGCCGAACGCAAAUUCCUCCGCCUGCUCGACGCCGCGCUCCAAGUGUCCGAAUACACGGAUAAAAUCGACACGCUUGGUUUCGGACUCUCGAAGGCCAAGCGUAUCGUAUACCAAAUCCGUGAAAUAUGUGCUGUGCUCUCAGGGCUGGUGUUGGCGGCGGAUUAUAAACAGGGGCAAGAGUUGUUCGAAGAUCGGGAUUUCAAAAGUAAUGAGGAUUUUUAUAGAAUGAUUUUUGAGUUGGGGAGGAGACAUAAGAUUAUGAACCCGGAUAAGAUGAGGACAACGUACGGGAAGUUGAUUUAUAUGCUGCAGGACAGCCAAUCGCCCGAAGUGAGGGACAUGCUCGAAUUUUCAUGUGUUGCUCCCAUCAAAUCCGUACACACCCUCCUCGACUCCCAUUCUGCUCUCGACAUGCUUCGUGACCCUCUCAUCACCAUUGCCACCCAAGAAAUCAACUCCGAGAAACGUUCCCGCCGCGAGAUCCAGAAAGAUAUCAAAGCGAAGGAGCGUGCCAUCGAAACAUUGUCUUCGAAAUACCAGACGUCCAACCUUACGCAAGAGAGCCUACGACAGGCUUUGUACUCUAUUGGAGAUAACCACGCGUUCCUGAAAACCAAUAGGGACCCAUGCGAGAAGAUGAUCGGAUGGUUGAGGCAGUAUUUCCAUGCGACGCAGGUGAAGGACAAGAAGGGGAGGGAUAGUUUGGCUAUCAGGAGCGGAAAGGGAGGGGCGAGGUUGAGUCAUGAUCAUGCGAAGCAGUAUGCUUACGUGCUGCAGAGCUUGACGCUAUGGAGGGAGAUUUUACACGAUAUGUUCCAUCUUUGGUCCCUCGCGGAGCAAGAUCUUUUGUCAGAAACAGUGCAGUACCGUUUGCGCGACACGGGUCAGGGACUGAACCGUGUUCAGGCCGCGCCGAAGACUUCACGUAUGAUGCAUGCUAUCCUUCAUCGCGCGCAGAAGAGCGUAGGGUCUUGGGUCGGUUCCUCUGUUGUACACAUGGGUGACCACAACGUUCCGAACGCACUCAUGUUCAUUGACAAAUACUCCCAAAUCUACCGAAUCCUACUCCCUAUCUGUACAACCCUCUCCAAACUGCCCACCAUCUACCAAACGCCCUCUCUCCGAACAUACAUCGAUGCCGAAUACGGCUCCCUCGAAGGCCUCUACCUCGAGAUACUAGGCGACUUUUUCAGGCACGCGUUCGACGGGAGCGGGGCGGACAACUUUUUCGAUGCAGGGAGCUGUAUCGAUGGGAGGUUGACGAGCGCUUGGAAUUGGUGUGCGGGGCUGGAGAAGAAGGCGUAUUUUCACGUGUUUUUGUUGACUGGUUUUGUUGGGUUCGAUGGAGAAUGGUGAUCGUCUGCGUUAGCGUAUGUAUUAGACAGUGUCAUAUUCACUCCUGCAUGCACGCAUGUGUAGAAAAGCAUCUAUUUAUUCAGUACUUGUCGUCUUGUGGAAUCUACG